AUAAACAAAUUUCAGAAGAAAGAGCUGAAAAGGUUUCAGAAGAUAUUGAGAAAUGAAAACAUACAAGACUUGGUGAAAGACUAUAAGGACAGAAACCAAAUCGGAGAAGCAUUUCUUGAUAUCACACUCCACUUUCUCAGAAGUAUGAAACAAGAUAAACAUGCUGAUAAGCUGGAAGAUGAGCUGGUCUACAUCUGUAAACUGAAAUCAAACCUGGAGAAGAGGUAUCAACGUGUAUUUGAAGGAAUUGCAAAUCAUGGUGACUCCACACUUCUAAAUAAGAUCUACACAGAUCUCUACAUCACUCAGGGUGGAGGUGAACAAAUCAAUACUGAACAUGAAGUAAGACAGAUUGAGAUCACUUCCAGGCAUCGAGAAACAUCAGAGACACAGAUUGAAUUCAACAAUAUGUUUAACCCCCUCGAGCGAGACCAGAACAUCAGAACUGUGUUAACAAAAGGAGUUGCUGGCAUUGGAAAAUCUGUCUCUGUUCAAAAGUUUGUUCUGGACUGGGCAGAGGGAAAGGAAAAUAAAGAUAUCAACUUCAUAUUUCCUCUUCCGUUUCGAGAGUUGAACUUAAAGGAUAAAGAAAGAGUAAGUCUGAUGGACCUUAUAGGUCAGUUUUUUCCAGAGGUUAAACGAAUGGACCUUACAAGAAAAAAAGUGCUGUUCAUCUUUGAUGGAUUGGAUGAAUGUCGUCUUCCUUUGAAGUUUGACAGUAAUGAGAUGUUGCGUGAUGUCACAUCUCCUGCUUCUCUGGAUGUUCUCCUAACAAACCUCAUCAAAGGAAAUCUGUUUCCUUCUGCUCUCAUCUGGAUAACCACCAGACCAGCAGCAGCCGGUAAGAUACCACCUGAAUGUAUUGACCGGGUGACAGAGGUACGAGGAUUCAAUGAUGCACAGAAGGAGGAGUACUUCAGAAAAAGAUUCACUGAUGAGAAUAUGGCCAACACAAUCAUUGAUCAUGUUAAAAAAUCAAAGAGUCUCUUCAUCAUGUGUCACAUCCCAGUCUUCUGCUGGAUUUCAGCCACUGUGCUCCAGAACAUUCUGGAGAAGAAGAGAAAUGAUCAGUCUGAUGACACAACCACAACAUCUGAAGAUACUCCUAAAACUCUGACACAAAUGUACACACAUUUCUUUCGCUUUCAGAUUCAACAGAGCAGAAGAAAGUAUGAAGGAGAAUACUCACCUGAUAUUUCCUGGGAUAAAGAUGUUAUCCUUUCACUGGGAAAACUGGCAUUUCAAAACCUGGAAAGAAGCAAUUUGAUCUUCUAUGACUCAGACUUGGAGGCCUGUGGCAUUGAUAUAACUAAAGCAUCAGUUUACUCAGGGAUGUGCACACAGAUCUUUAAACAGGAAACAGGGAUGAUUCUUGGUAGUGUUUACUGUUUUGUUCACUUGAGCAUUCAGGAGUUUACUGCAGCUCUGUAUGCGCAUCUGUUUCUAGACAUCAACAAGAAAAAUGUGUUUGUUCAAGAGCACACAGAAAAUAACAGUGAAACAAUGAUUGGUUUACUAAAGACUGCAGUGGAUAAAGCACUUGAGAGUGACAAUGGACAUCUGGAUCUUUUCCUUCGCUUCCUCCUCGGUCUGUCGCUUGAGUCCAAUCGGCCGCUCUUACGAGGUCUCUUAACACAAGAAGAGAGCAAUGAACAGAGCAACAAGAUGAUAGUUGAGUAUAUCAAGCAGAAAUUUGAAGAUAAUUCAUCAGCAGAGAGAUCCAUCAAUCUGUUUUACUGUCUGAAUGAACUGAAUGAUCAAUCUCUGGUGGAGGAGAUUCAAAAGCAUCUUAGAGAAGGAAGUCUCUCAUCUGCUGACCUUUCACCUGCUCAGUGGUCUGCUCUGGCCUUUGUGUUGCUGACAUCAGAAGAAGAACUGGAGGAGUUUGAGCUUCAGAAAUUCAAGAAAUCAGAUGAAUGUCUCAUUAGAUUAUCACCAGUUGUCAAAACAGCCAAAAAGGCUUUGCUAAAUGAUUGUAAUCUAACAGAUAAAGGUUGUUCAGCUAUAGCUAAAGUUCUGGGGUCAGAUAGCCAUCUGACAGAGGUCAACAUGAGCGAUAAUAAACUGAAGGAUUCAGGAGUCAAGCUGCUUUGUGAUGGACUGAAGAACACAAACUGUGAAUUAAAGAUCCUAAGGCUGAUUAAAUGUGAGCUGACAGAGGAAAGUUGUUCAGCUCUAUCUACAGUUCUCAGUUCAGACUCCAUCAGUCUAAAGGAGCUUGAUCUGAGCAAUAAUAAUCUACAGGAUUCAGGAGUUAAGCUGCUCUCUGAUGGACUGAUGAAUGUUAAAUGUGGACUGGAAAUACUGAGACUCUCAGACUGUAGUAUUGGAGAAGAAGGUUAUGUUGCUUUAUGUUCAGCUGUGAGAUCAAACCCAUCACAUCUGAUAGAGCUGGAUCUCAGUGGAAAUGAUCCUGGAGAAUCAGGAGUCAAACUCAUCUAUGAUUUAAUACAAGAUCAAGACUGUGCACUGAAGAAAGUCAGGUUUUUGAAAAGCUCUUCUGCAGCUGAAGUCUUCAAGUAUCUGAGUGAAACUCUUGGUAUAAAUCCUUUACUCCAGAGAGAACUGAAUCUGAAUGAUCAUAAACUAAACAACACAAGAGUGAAACAGAUCUGUGAUCUACUGAAGGAUAAACACUGUAGACUCAACACACUCAGACUCUCAGACUGUAGUAUUGGAGAAGAAGGUUAUGUUGCUUUGUCUAGAGCUGUGAGAUCAAACCCUUCACAUCUGACAGAGCUGGAUCUCAGUGGAAAUGAUCCUGGAGAAUCAGGAGUCAAACUCAUCCAUGAUUUAAUACAAGAUCAAAACUGUGCACUGAAGAAAGUCAGAUUAUUAAAGAGUCGUUUAGCAGAAGCAGCUCAUCAGUAUCUGAAUAAAGUUGUUGAUAAAGAGAUUUUACUCAAGAGAAAACUGAAUCUAAAUGAUCAUAAACUACAAGAUUCAAGACUGAUUCAGAUCUGUGAUCUACUGAAGGAUAAACACUGUAGACUCAACAAACUCAUAUUAAGUGGUUGUGGUCUAACAGAAGAAAGUUGUUCAGCUUUAGCUUCAGUUUUAAUAUCAAAGCCCGGUCUAAAAGAACUCGACAUGAGCAACAAUUAUCUACAGGAUUCAGGAGUCAAGAAACUUCACAACGGAUUAGAAAAUACAAACUGUCAACUACACAAACUCAGACUCUCAGACUGUAGUAUUGAAGAAGGUGGUUAUGAAUCUUUGUCUAAAGCUGUGAGAUCAAACCCAUCACAUCUGACAGAGCUGGAUCUCAGUGGAAAUGAUCCUGGAGAAUCAGGAGUCAAACUCAUCUAUGAUUUAAUACAAGAUCAAAACUGUGCACUGAAGAAAGUCAGGUUUUUGAAAAGCUCUUCUGCAGUUGAAGGCUUCAAGUAUCUGAGUGAAACUCUUGGUAUAAAUCCUUUACUCCAGAGAGAUCUGAAUCUGAAUGAUCAUAAACUAAACAACACAAGAGUGAAACAGAUCUGUGAUCUACUGAAGGAUAAACACUGUAGACUCAACACACUCAGGUUGAAUAAAAGCUGUAUAACAUCUGAGGGUUGUGCUGAUCUGAUGUCAGGUUUUAUUUUAAAUCCUUCACAUAUAAGAUAUCUGGAUCUAAGUGGAAAUAAACUUGAAAACUCAGGAAUAAAGAAGAUCUCUCAUCUGUUGACCAAUCCACAAUGUAGACUAAAGGAACUCAAGUUGUCAGACUGUAGUAUUGGAGAAGAAGGUUAUGAAGCUUUAUGUUCAGCUGUGAGAUCAAACCCUUCACAUCUGACAGAGCUGGAUCUCAGUGGAAAUGAUCCUGGAGAAUCAGGAGUUAAACUCAUCUAUGAUUUAAUACAAGAUCAAAACUGUGCACUCAACACUGUCAGAUUAUUGAAGAGUCGUGCUGCAGAAGAAGCUUGUGUUUAUCUGAAUGAAGUUCUUGAUGUUCAUCCAUUACUGGUAAAAGAACUGAAUCUGAGUGAUAAUAAACUGGGAGAUCUGGAUGGAGAGAAACUUUCAGCUCUAUUGAUGGACUCUCAUAGUAAAGUGAAGAAAAUCAUACUGAAUGAUUGUGAGCUGACAGAGAAACAAUGUUCAGCUGUAGCUGCUCUUCUCUCCUGUGUGAAAGAGAUUGAGAUGAACAACAGUCGUCUGAUGGGUUCAGGACUCAAACAGAUCUGUGAUGAACUCAAGAAACCUCAAUGUCAACUACAGAUACUCAAACUCUCAGACUGUAGUAUUGGAGAAGAUGGUUAUGUUGAUUUAUGUUCAGCUGUGAGAUCAAACCCAUCACAUCUGAUAGAGCUGGAUCUCAGUGGAAAUGAUCCUGGAGAAUCAGGAGUUAAACUCAUCUAUGAUUUAAUACAAGAUCAAAACUGUGCACUGAAGACUGUCACAUUAUUAAAGAGUCAUUCAGCAGAAGAAGCUCGUCAGUAUCUUAAUGGAGUUGUUGAUAAAGAGAUUUUACUCCAGAGAGAUCUGAAUCUGAAUGAUCAUAAACUAAACAACACAAGAGUGAAACAGAUCUGUGAUCUACUGAAGGAUAAACACUGUAGACUCAACACACUCAGAUUAAGUGGUUGUGGUCUAACAGAAGAAAGUUGUUCAGCUUUAGCUUCAGUUUUAAUAUCAAAGUCCGGUCUAAAAGAGCUCGACAUGAGCAACAAUAAUCUACAAGAUUCAGGAGUCAAGAAACUUCACAACGGAUUAGAAAAUACAAACUGUCAACUACACAAACUCGGACUAUCAUGCUGUAGUAUUGAAGAAGGUGGUUAUGAAUCUUUGUCUAAAGCUGUGAAAUCAAACCCAUCACAUCUGAUAGAGCUGGAUCUCAGUGGAAAUAAUCCUGGAGAAUCAGGAGUCAAACUCAUCUAUGAUUUAAUACAAGAUCCCAAAUGUGCACUGAAGAAAGUCAGGUUUUUGAAAAGCUCUUCUGCAGUUGAAGUCUUCAAGUAUCUGAGUGAAACUCUUGGUAUAAAUCCUUUACUCCAGAGAGAUCUGAAUCUGAAUGAUCAUAAACUAAACAACACAAGAGUGAAACAGAUCUGUGAUCUACUGAAGGAUAAACACUGUAGACUCAACACACUCAAGUUGAAUAACAGCUGUAUAACAGCAGAAGGUUUUGCUGAUCUGAUGUCAGGUUUUAAUUCAAAUCCUUCACAUAUAAUACAUCUGGAUCUGAGUGGAAAUAAACUUGAACACUCAGGAAUGAAGAAGAUCUCUGAUCUGUUGACAAAUCCACAAUGUAGACUAAUGGAACUCAAGUUGUCAGACUGUAGUAUUGGAGAAGAAGGUUAUGUUGCUUUAUGUUCAGCUGUGAGAUCAAACCCAUCACAUCUGAUAGAGCUGGAUCUCAGUGGAAAUGAUCCUGGAGAAUCAGGAGUUAAACUCAUCUAUGAUUUAAUACAAGAUCAAAACUGUGCACUCAAGAAAGUCAGAUUAUUGAAGAGUGAUGCUGCAGAAGAAGCUUGUGUUUAUCUGAAUAAAGUUCUUGAUGUUCAUCCAUUACUGGUAAAAGAACUGAAUCUGAGUGAUAAUAAACUGGGAGAUCUGGAUGGAGAGAAACUCUCAGCUCUAUUGAUGGACUCUCAUAGUAAAGUGAAGAAAAUCAUACUGAAUGAUUGUGAGCUGACAGAGAAACAAUGUUCAGCUGUAGCUGCUCUUCUCUCCUGUGUGAAAGAGAUUGAGAUGAACAACAGUCGUCUGAUGGAUUCAGGAGUCAAACAGAUCUGUGAUGAACUCAAGAAUCCUCAAUGUCAACUACAGAGACUCAAACUCUCAGACUGUAGUAUUGGAGAAGAAGGUUAUGAUGCUUUAUGUUCAGCUGUGAGAUCAAACCCAUCACAUCUGAUAGAGCUGGAUCUCAGUGGAAAUGAUCCUGGAGAAUCAGGAGUCAAACUCAUCUAUGAUUUAAUACAAGAUCAAAACUGUGCACUGAAGACUGUCAGAUUAUUAAAGAGUCGUUCAGCAGAAGCAGCUCAUCAGUAUCUGAAUAAAGUUGUUGAUAAAGAGAUUUUACUCAAGAGAAAACUGAAUCUAAAUGAUCAUAAACUACAAGAUUCAAGACUGAUUCAGAUCUGUGAUCUACUGAAGGAUAAACACUGUAGACUCAACACACUCAUAUUAAGUGGUUGUGGUCUUACAAAAGAAAGUUGUUCAGCUUUAGCUUCAGUUUUAAGAUCAAAGCCCGGUCUAAAAGAGCUCGACAUGAGCAACAAUAAUCUACAGGAUUCAGGAGUCAAGAAACUUCACAACGGAUUACAAAAUACAAACUGUCAACUACACAAACUCAGACUCUCAGACUGCAGUAUUGGAGAAGAAGGUUAUGUUGCUUUAUGUUCAGCUGUGAGAUCAAACCCAUCACAUCUGACAGAGCUGGAUCUCAGUGGAAAUGAUCCUGGAGAAUCAGGAGUUAAACUCAUCUAUGAUUUAAUACAAGAUCAAAACUGUGCACUCAAGAAAGUCAGAUUAUUACAGAGUCAUUCAGCAGAAGAAGCUCAUCAGUAUCUUAAUGGAGUUGUUGGUAAAGAGAUUUUACUCCAGAGAGAACUGAAUCUGAAUAAUCAUAAACUACAAGAUUCAAGACUGCUACAGAUCUGCGAUCUACUGAAGGAUAAACACUGUAGACUCAACACACUCAUAUUGAGUGGUUGUGGUCUAACAGAAGAAAGUUGUUCAGCUUUAGCUUCAGUUUUAAGAUCAAAGCCCGGUCUAAAAGAGCUCGACAUGAGCAACAAUAAUCUACAGGAUUCAGGAGUCAAGAAACUUCACAACGGAUUAGAAAAUACAAACUGUCAACUACACAAACUCAGACUCUCAGACUGCAGUAUUGGAGAAGAAGGUUAUGUUGCUUUGUCUAGAGCUGUGAGAUCAAACCCAUCACAUCUGAUAGAGCUGGAUCUCAGUGGAAAUGAUCCUGGAGAAUCAGGAGUCAAACACAUCUAUGAUCUAAUACAAGAUCCCAAAUGUGCACUGAAGAAAGUCAGAUUAUUACAGAGUCGUUCAGCAGAAGAAGCUCAUCAGUAUCUGAAUAAAGUUGUUGGUAAAGAGAUUUUACUCCAGAGAGAUCUGAAUCUGAAUGAUCAUAAACUACAAGAUUCAAGACUGCUACAGAUCUGUGAUCUACUGAAGGAUAAACACUGUAGACUCAACACACUCAUAUUAAGUGGUUGUGGUCUAACAGAAGAAAGUUGUUCAGCUUUAGCUUCAGUUUUAAGAUCAAAGCCCGGUCUAAAAGAGCUCGACAUGAGCAACAAUAAUCUACAGGAUUCAGGAGUCAAGAAACUUCACAACGGAUUAGAAAAUACAAACUGUCAACUACAAAAACUCAGACUCUCAGACUGUAGUAUUGGAGAAGAAGGUUAUGUUGCUUUGUCUAAAGCUUUGAGAUCAAACCCUUCACAUCUGAUAGAGCUGGAUCUCAGAGGAAAUGAUCCUGGAGAAUCAGGAGUCAAACACAUCUAUGAUUUAAUACAAGAUCAAGACUGUGCACUGAAGAAAGUCAGAUUUGUGAAGAGUCGUGGUGCAGAAGAAGCUUGUUUUUAUCUGAAUCAAGUUCUUGAUGUUCAUCCAUUACUGCUAAAAGAACUGAAUCUGAGUGAUAAUAAACUGGGAGAUCUGGAUGGAGAGAAACUCUCAGCUCUAUUGAUGGACUCUCAUAGUAAAGUGAAGAAAAUCAUACUGAAUGAUUGUGAGCUGACAGAGAAACAAUGUUCAGCUGUAGCUGCUCUUCUCUCCUGUGUGAAAGAGAUUGAGAUGAACAACAGUCGUCUGAUGGAUUCAGGAGUCAAACAGAUCUGUGAUGAACUCAAGAAACCUCAAUGUCAACUACAGAUACUCAAACUAUCAGACUGUAGUAUUGGAGCAGCUGGUUAUGUUGCUUUGUCUGGAGCUGUGAGAUCAAACCCUUCACAUCUGAUAGAGCUGGAUCUCAGUGGAAAUGAUCCUGGAGAAUCAGGAGUCAAACUCAUCUAUCAAUUAAUACAAGUUCACAAAUGUGCACUGAAGAAAGUCAGAUUAUUGAAGAGUCAUGCUGCAGAAGAAGCUUGUGUUUAUCUGCGUAAAGUUCUUAAAGAAAAUCCAUUACUGCUAGAUGAACUGGAUCUGAGUGAUAAUAAACUGGGAGAUCUGGAUGGAGAGAAACUCUCAGCUCUAUUGAUGGACUCUCAUAGUAAAGUGAAGAAAAUCAUACUGAAUGAUUGUGAGCUGACAGAGAAACAAUGUUCAGCUGUAGCUGCUCUUCUCUCCUGUGUGAAAGAGAUUGAGAUGAACAACAGUCGUCUGAUGGAUUCAGGAGUCAAACAGAUCUGUGAUGAACUCAAGAAACCUCAAUGUCAACUACAGAAACUCAGACUCUCAGACUGUAGUAUUGGAGCAGAAGGUUAUGUUGCUUUGUCUAGAGCUGUGAGAUCAAACCCUUCACAUCUGACAGAGCUGGAUCUCAGUGGAAAUAAUCCUGGAGAAUCAGGAGUUAAACUCAUCUAUGAUUUAAUACAAGAUCACAAAUAUGCACUGAAGGAAGUCAGGUUUUUUAAAAAAAGCUCUUCUGCAGAUGAAGGCUUCAAGUAUCUGAGUGAAACUCUUGGUAUAAAUCCUUUACUCCAGAGAGAUCUGAAUCUGAAUGAUCAUAAACUAAACAACACAAGAGUGAAACAGAUCUGUGAUCUACUGAAGGAUAAACACUGUAGACUCAACACACUCAUAUUGAGUGGUUGUGGUCUAACAGAAGAAAGUUGUUCAGCUUUAGCUUCAGUUUUAAUAUCAAAGCCCGGUCUAGAAGAGCUCGACAUGAGCAACAAUAAUCUACAGGAUUCAGGAGUCAAGAAACUUCACAACGGAUUACAAAAUACAAACUGUCAACUACACAAACUCAGACUAUCAGACUGUAAUAUUGGAGAAGAAGGUUAUGAAUCUUUGUCUAAAGCUGUGAGAUCAAACCCUUCACAUCUGACAGAGCUGGAUCUCAGUGGAAAUGAUCCUGGAGAAUCAGGAGUCAAACAUAUCUAUCAAUUAAUACAAGAUCGCAAAUAUGCACUGAAGGAAGUCAGGUUUUUGAAAAGCUCUUCUGCUUUGAAAGCUUUUGAGUAUCUGACCAAAACUCUUAAAAUAAAUCCUUUACUCCAGAGAGAACUGGAUCUGAAGGAACUCGACAACACAAGAGUGAAACAGAUCUGUGAUCUACUGAAAGAUAAACACUGUAGACUCAACAAACUUGUGUUAAAAGCGUGUGAUUUCACAGAUGAGGACUUUUCUGUUCUGGCUUCAGCUCUUAAUUCAAACCCAUCACACCUGAGACAUCUGAACCUGAGUGGAAAUAAACUGGGAGAUUCAGGAGUUAAUCAUCUCUGUGAUCUACUGAAAAAUUCACAAUUCAAACUGGAAACACUUGAAUUGUGUAAAUGCAGUAUUAAAUAUACAAGGCGUGAUAAACUGAUUUCAGCUCUGUGUUCAAACCUUUCACACCUAAAAGAGCUGAACCUCAGUGGAAAUAAAAUAAAGGACUCAGGAGUAAAACAUUUAUGUGAUCUACUGAGACAUUCAGACUGCAAUCUGGAGAAACUAUACCUAAAUAAGUGUAAAAUCACAGAUGUUGAUUCUUUAGCUGAAACUUUGGCUAUAACAAAAAAAUUGAAGAUCCUUGAUCUGAGUAACAAUACAAUAAAUAGCUCAUCACUGAAUCUGCUUCGUGAAGUACUGAAGAGCUCAAAAUGUGAACUGAGACUAGAAACUAAAUUUUGGUUUUCAUGGGGCUUCAAAAUGUUAUGGGGUGAACAGUCAUCAUCAGAUGAAGAAGAUGAGGACACUUUAUCUCAAAAUAGUACUUGAAUACAAACAAUUGAUAACCUAUAAUCUAUUAUACAUGAUAUACUAUAUGUUUAUACAUGUGUCUAGUGUAUUUAAACAUUAAUUAGAAAAAAAUUAAAUGAAUUUCUACAGUAUGUAAUAUUAUUUAGUAAUAUUUACUAUUUUUUUAUAAAGGUAUCAUUAUUAUUAUUUUCUGUACACUUGUGAUUUAAUUCAGUGUUGUUUUUUAGCGUACCAAUGUAUUUUUUCACAGUAUUUUUGUAAGUGAGCCUAAUUGAGGCAUAUACUAUAUAUAGGCUAUAGAGGUGAUCUGAACCCAUUUUGAUAUAAAUGCCUGACGAAGACCUAAAGGUCGAAAUGUUGCACUAAUAAAUUUUA